ACCUGAAGACGCGGCCUGUGGUUGCGAGUUGUUGGAGUCGUUGCUCCACUUUUAAGGUUCCCCGACAGCCGGCGGCGGAGCGGGUCUGGGGCCGCGGGGUGCGUUCCAGGACCGAGCGGGUUUGUACCUGCGCGCCGGGCUCCGCCGGCUACCGUGGGGCCCCGGCUCCCCGCUGGGUGGCUGGGCUAUGGGAACCACCCUCUGAGGACCCUCCCGGGUCGACCUCCAGGACCGAACCCGGGGCUCCUGGAAGAAAAAGCUCUAAAAUAGGGAAAGUUGCUAACUCUGCUUGAGGACCAGGCUUUUUCAUCUCCGAGGAUUGCCUGAUCUGCACUUCAGCCGUGAGAGGUAUUGGUUCCCCUCUUUACGGAGGAAGACACUCAGGCCCAGAAAGAUACGUUGUGUGGUUUUAAUCAAGAUUGAAAUCUGAAAGCUAAGAGCAGAAGCCUUUUUGGUCAACAUGGAGGACAAAAGACGGCGAGCCCGAGUGCAGGGAGCCUGGGCUGGCCCCGCUAAGAGCCAGGCCGCUGCUCAGCAAGCUGCUACUGCUCAGAGCCAUCUCCACCAGAGACCUGGUCAGACAUGGAUGAACAAGGAGCAUCAUCUUGUAGACAGACAGUUUGUGUUCAGAGAACCCCAGCAGGUAGUACGCAGACCCCCAGCGCCACGAGUGAUUGACAAAGAGGGUGUGUAUGAAAUCAGCGUGUCACCCACAGGCAUAUCUAGGGUAUGUUUGUAUCCUGGCUUUAUUGACUUAAAAGAAGCCAACUGGGUAUUGGAACAGCUUUGUGAGGUCGUUCCCUGGAAACAGAGGACCGGCAUCAGAGAUGGCCCUGUAUUUUCUUUCUUAGAUGUAACUUACAAGCAACCAAGACUUACAGCAUGGUAUGGAGAACUUCCUUACACUUAUUCAAGAAUCACUAUGGAACCAAAUCCUCACUGGCAUCCUGUGCUGCGCUCACUGAAGGACCAAAUUGAAGAGAACACCGGCCACACCUUCAAUUCCUUGCUCUGCAAUCUUUACCGAAACGAGAAGGACAGUGUCGACUGGCAUAGCGAUGAUGAACCUUCGCUAGGGAGAUGUCCCGUCAUCGCUUCCCUGAGUUUUGGUGCCACGCGCACUUUUGAGAUGAGAAGGAAGCCCCCUCCAGAAGAGAAUGGAGACUACACGUAUGUGGAGAGAGUGAAGAUCCCCUUGGAUCAUGGGACCUUGUUAAUCAUGGAAGGAGCAACACAAGCUGACUGGCAGCAUCGAGUGCCCAAAGAGUACCACUCUAGAGAACCGAGAAUAAACCUGACCUUUCGGACAGUUUAUCCAGACCCUGGAGGGGCGCACUGGUGAUGUGAAAUCUUUGAGAGGGAAGCUGGGCUGAGACUGAGCAAACCUUCUGCCGUGAAGAAACUUCCAGAGGCUGGUCCAGCUGAUCUCAUGGGGUGGCUGCUUGGAAGACAAGGGUGGGGAUUUGCUUCCCAGCCUCGGAGUUCUAUUAAAUGACAGUGAGCAGUUCAUGUUCAUACUAUGUUUACUGCGGGAACAGUACUCCCUCAUCACAUCUUGAAAUCACGUAUCUUCUUCAGGCAAAUUAAAACCUGCUGUGGCUGUGCUCAC